AUGGAUCGGUUGAGCGUCUGUUUGAAUCAUGAGUCGCAUGGCUCCCAGCUCAGCUGCCAGAGGAAAACAGUUUUGGUGAAAGUGCUUAUGCGGUGCAUUGGGAUCCUCAUUCUUAAAAAGACAGUUUUGGUGAAAGUGCUUAUGCGGUGCAUUGGGAUCCUCCUUCUCAAAAAGACAGUUUUGGUGAAAGUGCUUAUGCGGUGCAUUGGGAUCCUCCUUCUCAAAAAGACAGUUUUGGUGAAAGUCCUUAUGCGGUGCAUUGGGAUCCUCCUUCUCAAAAAGGCAGUUUUGGUGAUAGUGCUUAUGCGGUGCAUUGGGAUCCUCCUUCUCAAAAAGACAGUUUUGGUGAAAGUGCUUAUGCGGUACAUUGGGAUCCUCCUUCUCAAAAAAACAGUUUUGGUGAAAGUGCUUAUGCGGUCCAUUGGGAUCCUCCUUCUCGUUGUUAUUUUCUCUAAAAAAGACAAUUUUGGUGAAAGUGCUUAUGCGGUGCAUUGGGAUCCUCCUUCUCAAAAAGACAGUUUUGGUGAAAGUGUGUAUGCCAUACAUUGGGGACCCCCUUCAAAAGAAGGAGGUUUUGGGGGAAGUGCUUAUAAGGUGGAUUGGAACCCAGAAGAUGCACUCUCGAAAGUAAAAGGUUUUGGGGCAAGUGCGAAUAAGGUGGACUGGAACCCAGAACAUGCACCUUCGAAAGAAAAAGGUUUUGGGGCUAGUGAUUACAAGGUGGAUUGGAACCCAGAAGAUGGACAUUCAAAACAAAAAGGCUUUGGGGCAAGUGCAUAUAAGGUAUCUUGGAGCCCAGAUGGUGCACCUUCUGAAGAGAAAGGAUUUGGUACAAGUGCUUACGCGGUACAUUGGGAUCCAGAUCAUCCUCCUGCUGCCUCCAUUACUGACGCACCAGCAAAACAUAGGCAUAUAAAAGUUCAAACCGGCAUGUUAUUCCUGAAGAAGAAUCUGCACAUCGGCACUACACUUCCUAAAGGAACCAUGUUUGCACGAGAUGGUGCACCAAAGUCUGUUCAUUUUGCCUCUACUCCACUGGAGUCAAAGUACUUGACAACCAUCCUUUCGCAUGUCAUGAUACCUCACGGCUCGACGAAGGCAAAGCAGGUAGCUGACACCCUUUGUUCAUGCGGCAAACCGGUUGACAAGGAGGAGCCUCACAUGUGCUUCUCAUCUCGUGAAGCAAUGUCAAGGUUCGCCACCAGAGAAUUAGGGGUCAGCGGCGCACGAGCAGCCAUUACAAGGAUUCAUGGAAAUGAGACCCCCAACUCCAUGUACAUUGUGGAACAGGUCACCCAACUCAACAAUAACGUGGUGCCAUGCCAUCCUAUGGAUUUUCCGUAUGAGGUAUUUUAUUGCCAUCUGCCGAAAGAGGUGCAGUCUUUGAGGGUGCAACUCAAGGGUUUGAAAGAUGGCAUGCCGCACGUGACGGCAAUAGCUAUGUGUCACAUGAACACAUCUAAUUGGGACACCCAAUACUUUGAGCUAUUAGAUGGAAAGCGUGGUGAACCUAUUUGCCACUACAUGCCUACCAAUUAUAUCAUGUUUUAUUAGAUAUAUUGAAAGUUCCUGCUGAACUAUGUAAUCUUGUUACCUGAUCAAUAAAUCAUGUCGAGUGGCCA